AACUUGUAUUCAUGCCACAGAAGUACUUGUUUGCAACACACAGAGUACAACCCACACUCAUCGAAGUGGAAAGAGGUGUCGUUGACGAGGAAUCGUGGAAGCCUAAGGUUUUUGACAAGGAAGGAAAGCAAAUCCCCAAACCCUAAUUUGCAAAAUUGCAACCAGUAUUGAUAGUAUGCCUUAGAGAGAAGGGUCGCGAAAGCUGCAGUGGGUGUGUGUGUACCGAAGCUUGCGGCGAGGGGCAGAGUGAGACAGUGUGAAUCCAUGAUGGCAAGAUUGUCCACUCCUCCGUGAGUCCCUAGAAUUACUAUCAUACUAAUACUCUACGGUGGUGGGGUACAUUGGUGGAGGAGUAAGGGGGGGAGAGAGUACCGGAAGAGGAGAGUUGGGUACAAAUGGUUGCUGGGUGGGGAACCUUUUGCCAGUGAAUGCCCUGUAGCGCCGCAUUUAUGGUGUCUGUGCCCGCCCACUCAUGAGCCUGCACUCCAACCCCAGACAAUGCCAGGCCCCUGCUUGGUGGUUGUUGGUCAACUGCAAAGAGAAGGAGAGAGAGAGAGAGCGAGAGAGCCCAGUCUCUUCACUCUUUGCCUUGUGCACUGUGCCUUGAGGAGCCAGGAGACACACCAUCAAGCCGGUCAAGAAGAAGGGCCAAGCAUACCAACAUUAUCUCUCACCAUGAAGACCUUGUCAAUGCUUCGCCACCGCCGCAGCAGAACCAGCAGCAGCAGCAGCCGCAUGAGUUGCAGCGUGCAUUCUUCCAAGCCGUCGACGUUGUGAAUGAGUGACAUGCAUGUCGGUGGUGCGUGGUUGACGGUGUAGAGUAGCUUGACGUGGAGGGAAGCUUAUCGUACUGCGUGCUGCUUGUUACGGUUGGUACAGAGCUGCAAGAGGGACUCACGAGUAUGUUUCAAUCGGUUGUGAUGCUGUAGCUCUUUCCGAUUUUCUCGUGCAGCUGAGGAUGCGAAAUAAGUCUCAAGGUUCGAGGUUGAAGGAAUUUCCUCCCUUUGGUAUCGUUGGCAACUCGCAGCAGCAGCUGGUUGUUCGAGUUGCGAGUUACUGGGUUCUACUUGGGUGAGGAUAGCGGUUAUUACGUACAGUGGUCUGCGGUAGAGGUUGUAACUGAGAAAAUAAAUCGAGACACUGCAAUCUUUGAGAGGCUUUUGACAGUGAGUCUAUCUGCGAACAAGCAGCGAAGCGAAUUUGUGUGAUGUGGCUUAGCACAUUGUCCUGCAGAUUCUCAAUUUGGUCUCAUUCCUUCGUCCUGCGCCAUUUAACUGCUUCAAGUUCUUGGUAUUCCUUGGAGAAGCGCGUGGUGGAGUUGUACUGCGGACAUUGGCUUUCUGCAAGGUUGGAAGCUCUCAAGUAGGCUUCUUUUGAACUCCACCAAUCGCAAGCUUGGACGACUCUGACAGUGUUCCUUCCAACCUUGCUCGAAAGGCAUCUCCGUCCUGAUUCUGCUUCCAGCGCUUCAGACAAGGGAUAUAGCUGCAUUUUAACCAUAUCCCUAUGACGACGUCGAAGAAGAUUAGGAAUUUAGAGGCACUCCGUGCAGCAUACUGUUCUGACACGCACAGCUGUAAAGAUAAAAUUUGAAGGCAGCUCGGUUCAAGGUUGUGAAGGUUUUGCGGGUAGGAAGGAAUUGAAGCCGGCGAAAGUGAAGUUUGGGAGGCUUGAAGAAAAGGCCAUCCUCAGAGAAGGUAUGACGUCGCUGUCUUUAGAUACAAGCUGCACAGAGGGCGCCAGUCUGCUGACUUACGAUUGCCAUCGAACGGUACCAGCGCCCUUCUUGACGAAGACAUAUCACCUUGUUGAUGACCCUGCCACUGAUGACAUUGUGUCGUGGGGAGAGGACGAGACGACCUUCGUGGUCUGGCGACCGCCAGAGUUUGCACGGGACUUGCUUCCUAAUUACUUCAAGCACAAUAAUUUCUCCAGCUUUGUUAGGCAGCUCAACACCUACGGUUUCAGAAAGAUAGUGCCAGAUCACUGGGAAUUCGCCAACAAGUUUUUCCGACGCGGGGAGAAGCACCUGCUCUGCGAGAUCCAUAGGAGAAAAUCGUCAACACAUGCCUCUGGACCCUUCAGUCUGUCAUGCGACGCCCCCGGCAGCCAGUCUACAUCUCCCACCAAUUCAGGGGAAGAUCAGGCUUGGUCCCCUUUUCCAUCCCCGUUGUCGUCUCCGAGCACCAUUCUAAUGCCACAAGGUGCUUCCACGCUCAUGUCGGACGAAAAUGAGCGCCUGCGUCAUGACAACCGCAUGCUGUUGCUGGAAUUGUCACGUCUGAGAAGGCUCUACGAUGAUCUCGUUGUUAUCCUUCAGCAACAGUCCAAGGUCUCAUUGCAAGAGCUUCCCAGUCCCAGCUUGAGUAGGGACCAAAAACUCGCCGUCUCCAUCUCUGAACAAAUUGAAGCUGCAGCCCGGCGAUCGGAGAUACGCGAACUCAACGCUCUCCGCUUUAACACCAACUCAAGUAGCCAUCUUCGGCCGCCGACAGUGGACUCGACCUCUGCUUCGUGCAUCGGCCACCUCCUGAACCGACCACAAAUACAGCUCCACCGCGCUGACAAUUCCGUCACACCGAAGGCUUCCACGCUCUCCUUCCUGGAUGGCAAGCUCCGUGAGAUGGCGUCAAACACCUCCGCCCAGAUCAUUGCCUCUCCCCUCGGCGACGAUCAAGCCAAGCCACCACAGGCAGCACCCAAGCUAUUCGGUGUCUCCCUUAACGGCAGUCCUGUCGACGCUUCUAGCUCCUGCCACAAAAGGCCAUGGAGCUGUACUACUACUCCAGGUUUUGUAGAUGAUCACGCCACCAUCCCCCCGUCCAAGAAAAUAAUGUCGCAUGUUCGGCGUAGCGAAGAGUCUGCACCGGCGACCUUGCAACGAGGAGGUGGAGGCGUAGGGAAUGGAGCAGGCGGAGGAGGAGGUCCAGUGUCAACAACAGCAGCAGGGGCUGGCGUCGCCAUCGCUGCCUCGAGCGGUGCUCCGGCGAAGUGCAUGAAGGUGGAAUUAGGGUUAGAGCUCCGCAUUAGUGCUACUUGCGCAGCUGCUGAGCGAGGCUUCAUGUGAGUAGGAGGAGGAAGGAAGAAGUAGACGAAGAAGAUGAUGAAAAAGAAGCUGAUUUUUGUAUGUAUAUCUAUUUUUUUUAAAGAAAGGAAUUUGGUGUCCCUUUACAUGCCUCA